AUGUCAUAUGAUGACAAAUAUAGACACUUCUCCCAGGCAAAGAUGAGACAAGUUUUAAAUAUUUACAAUAGCCGUAAACAAAAAGGUUUGGGAAACCACUCCCCUGAAGAAAUGAAAAACAACCCCGACUUAGAGAAAGACUAUAUAUUUAAUAGUUUAGUCAAAAGAGACAAACAAGAAAGAAUGCCAGGCUUCAAACUUAAGAAAGGUGACAAAGUAAAAAUAGAAAUACCUAAACGCGACCCAUAUGAAAAUACUAUUGACUAUGACAACAAUGGGAACUCGACAGGUACUCACCUUCGUGUUCGUAAAAAUAGAAGAAAGUAUACAAGAGAAUAUUAUGAAGUUUUAGGCAAACAUGGCAAAAUGUACAGACUGCAAGCAGAAGAUAAAACUACUAUUGUCAGACCUCGUUUCAAACUUGUCAAAGUUCAAGGUGGUAUACUUUCAAAGACAGUUCCUAACAAAUAUAAGACAACUCCUGACGAAUAUGCUAAAGAAGUUGAAAAUGACGACUAA